UUGGCCAUCGGCGAAACUUCGCUGCCUCCGAUGACCCUACAAAACGCUCAGCUCGAGCCAAUUUUCAUCCCACUCCUGAGGAGUCGUGACAAAAACGUAGGGGAUCCUAAUAAAUCACUGAUCACUCGUUUCGCGAGCCCUGUUCCGAGGCGGCAUCUCGUUCCGGCUCUCAUCGUGUCUCUUCCAUUCUAUGAACGCACCGAUGCUGGAACGUCAUUCAUGAGCCGGCGAAUCGAAUCCAUCUCAGAAUGCGAUCGAUAAGCUCAUCCAUACCUAUACCGCGGUCUCAAUAAUAUUUAUCUCACCUGUCUCGUUCAACGCUACAGGAUGGGAUCGGUGGAUCACAUCGUUAAAGAAACUCUCGAUGUUUUGAGCAUCUAUGCGAAGCGGCUCGAAGUACUCGGCCGCGUUUUCAUGGAAUCAGGGGACGAUAACGCUCUCCAAACAUCUGAAGAACUGCGUAAGAUCUCAGCGGAAAACUCAGCGGCUCGAAAACGCCUCGAGAGAGCCAUCGAAUCCAAUCAACGGGAUGUUCUCGCAGACGUCUGGAACGUAUCUCGAAUGAAGGAGGUUUACCAUCCUGUACUCAAGAAGUUCAGCGAGUCCGUCGCUGUAUGCGCUUCUUGGAAGAACAAACCAGAGAUCUUGGCGCGCAUGGACAUGGAGAAUAGAGCCAUUAUGAAGGACGAUUUCCACCGAUACGUCAACACCACUACUUUCCCGACUGUGGUCAAAGACCACUUGUUCCAUCUGCUCACCCUGCUCACGAAGUACAACUCGAAGCUACAGACGCCAGUUCUGCGUCGGAUCCAAGAUUUGAUCCAGUGGCUGGACAAGGAACAACCGACCCUAAGCGGGAUCAAGGGAAUCGCGCCGUCGGCUAUACCGAGCACUCUGAAGAGCGUGAACGAGCUCGUAUUGAAAAUGGAUACUUUCCGUCUUCCGAAAUGCGGCUCCAAAGAUGCUGCGAAGUGCGAUGUUAUUUUGAGCGCUCGACACGUGAUCAUUCGGACUAGGGGAGGAAAUCUUUUCAGAAAAGACGAAACCGUGGAGCACCAAGCCGUAGCUAAGAUCAAGCUUCAAGAGGCCUACGAUAGCACAUCUUUCGAGCUCUUGGGGGUCGGUUUCACCAAAGUUCUUACGGCGGAAAGCCCCCAAAUUCGCGAUGACUGGAUGCAAUCGAUAAGGGAAGUGCAGAAAGCAUAUUAGAUUCAGCUUAACUUAAAUUAUGACUCGAAGGUCGGGAGACAAACAGACCGUUGUACAACGACAGGCGAAAGAUAAUAAGGUCGCUGCGGAGCGCCAUUUUAGGAGGAUUCAUACACUUUUAAAAAAUUUAGAAUGCAUUAUUUAGAAGACAAAUUUUCACACCUACCAGAAUCGAAUACGACUUCGAGAGCUGGAUGCGCGGAAUCUCGCGAUCUGAGCAUGGGGUUUCUGACGCGAGGAAUCCCCAUCUGGGUUUCAUUUGAGGUUUUCCCGAGCUGAGAAGAUGACAGUACGCUUCUUAGCGAUUUUAACCCUGAGUGUCAUGUUUUUGUGCAGCGGAGGAAAACCAUGGUGUCACAGAAAAAUUUGUACCCAUACCAAGCAAGGACAGCCUAAUAAAAGAUCAAUAAACGACAAGCCCCGU